AUGGCGAAGCCUCAGGAGGUGUACAUACAGUUCGACCAGGAAACUGGAGAAGUCACUCGCGACUACGAAGUCGACACUGCUGAAGUUGCACUUUACAACACAAUGCGCUGCACUCAAGUGCUGCUGACGAAUUUGGGGCAGCUGGAGACGCAGCGGCUGAUGUUGGGGGUUUUGAACCAAGAGGUAGGGUUUUGCAAACCCUAA